CGGGGGAAGGGGGUAAGCCAACCCAAGCUCAAUGGCGGCGAAUCAGCAUCCGAGCCGCUCGGAACCCUAGCCUCGCCGCCUCGCCGGCUCGCCAUGGCAUGCCCUCCUUGCCCGCCGUCGCCGCUCGCCAGGGUGCGGCUCGACGACGUGGCGCCCCACGACGGCGCGGCCGCCCCGGGCUACGCGCGCGCCGUCGGCGCCCUCGCCGCCUCGCUCGCCCGCCGCGGCGCCGCCGUGGUCGAGAUCCCCGCCGCCGACGCGGCCGUCGUCCGCUGCGCCCUCGAGUCCGCCCGCGCCUUCUUCCGCGGCCGCCACGCCGCCUACCUCUACCGCGCCGGGAGGAAUUUAGAAGAUGGAGAGUUGUCCCCUGCUUGCAUGGCGGAUGCUUUCAGAUGUUUGGGCAAAGCAGCCCGUGCCGCCCUCUGUGCAAUAGCACGGCACCUGCGCCUACGUACCGACGUAUUCAACCAAUUACUUGAUGAUACUCCACUGCCGGUUAACGAGGUCUCCUCAUCAGAGUUGCUGGUGGCAUAUACUCAUGAGCAGCUCCAAAGUGGUCAGACACUCAUGGGAUGUCCCAGCAGGUCCUCAAUGCCUCAAGUUGAUAGGGGAUUUGUGACGCUAGUUGCUUCCGAUUAUCCAGGAAUUGAGGUUUGUGACCCAAAUGGCCAUUGGUACCUAGCUGAUGGGGUUUCAGGCCCAAAUAAUCUAUUGCUUCUGACUGGAAGGGCCCUAAGUCACGUUACUGCUGGUCUUUGCCCAAUUUCCCAGUACAGGGUCACUAAUGAGAAUAGGGCAUCACUCACCUUUAGGUUGGUGCCUCAUGCCAACGCUAUAUUGGAUUGCUCUCCAAUUUUAGCUGCUGGGCAUUGCAUACGACGGGUGUACCAACCCAUACCUGCAAGCCAAUUUAUGGAUGAUUCUUAUGCUGAAGAGCACGCUGUUUCCAGUCACUUGGAAGAACCUUCUGAAUCUCAGGGCAACUUUGUUAGUGACCCAUCACUCAGAAGUGUCCUGUCAGACCCUCUAUCUGGGGCUUUUCUUGAAGAUGCUAUGGUUCUUCAAUGUGGGCACUCAUUUGGUGGCGUCAUGCUGAAGAAAGUCAUUGAAAUGGCUAGAUGCACCAUUUGCAACGGAGAAGUUGACCCAUCCUCCUUGUUUCCUAAUCUUGCUUUAAGAGCAGUAGCCACGGUGGUGAAGAUGGAGGACGACAGGAGACUGUUUCAUAACGCCGCUCUUCGGAAGCGCAGGAAAGAUGUGACCGAGCAUACGGAUGUGCUGAAGCGGACUGGGAGUAGCAAAGGAAACAGUGAGCUUGCUCUGGAUGCUGAAAGCCCGGUGGCAUUCAAGGGUGUGCAGUACCCAUUUGUAGUGGGCGAGAGGGUCCUGAUCAUGGGGAACAAAAGGACUCCCGAGAAAUUCGUCGGGAAGGAGGCGGUCAUCACGUCGCAGUGUCUGAAUGGCUGGUAUCUUGUGAAGGCGCUCGACAGCGGAGAGAGUACGCGGCUGCAGUACCGGUCGCUGAAGAAAGUGCCGGAGCUGCAACUGCAGACGCAAGCGAGGCUGCAGCCCCUGGCAUUUCUCGGAGGCAGACAAUAAGAGAUGGCGAUGACGGAUCAUGCGUGGACCAUAACCACCGCUCACGGUGUCGGUCAGGUAGGACGAGGAAGAUAUGGUGGUAGUGCUGCUGCGUGCAAGUUGUGUAUCAAUGGAUAUUGAUAUAGUUUCCUUCAUUGUUUUAAAGGUGUAUGUAUCUCGUCGCUAUAGCGACGAUAUACAGGUGUGAAGGGGGUCAAUCGCCAUACAGACCCAGGCUCACAAUACCUUUUAUGGUGUCGCUAUAUGGUCGCUAUAAUGCUAUAAAGGGGGUCGCUCGCCAUAAAACGCAAUACGCCAUUAAAACAAUGGUUUCCUUGUGUGUAUAGGUAGAGUGCUCCCCUCCCUUGUUCGAAGGCAAGAUCAAUGUAAAAGUCGAGAGUAUGAAAUGAAGUCAUGUGCCUGCCUUAGGGUAUCCGCUAUCAGGCCAUGCGAUGCGAUAAGUGACCUAUGUUUGUGCGUCAAAUCUGUUCAUGUUUGAGUUUGUUGAUGAAGAAUGUGUUGGUGUGUUUUCUUCAAGGGUGGCUCCAUAUUGUACAAACCUUUCUGUGACAUGUCGUGUCUACAGUGCUGUGGCUGGCUCAUUUGCCAGCAGGAGUAUUCACUAACUAUGUUUGGGCAAUUAUAUAUCAGCAUGAUGACCCAUGAAUGUUUUUUCUUGAA